AUGGUCAACACUAGCAUCAACAGCGACUAUUCAGUCGAAGAAAUCACCCAAGUCGGGCGCAAAGGCCGUUCUCAUGGCCACAAGUACGAUGGUGCUGAUUUCGACGAAUCUAUGAUAAACCCGAGAACAAGGCGUAACAAGCAGGAAAGACGCCGCUCGCCGACUACGUCGAAUAAGACGCGGGCUAGUUCUGGGUCUGCAACCAAGAGACGCACCGCGUCAAAGAACGCGCAUUCGCAUCAAACCCAGGAGUGA